AUGGAGCUCAAGAAAGGCAAAACCAUUGUGCUCACCAUGUGGGGCACCAUGAUUCUUUUCCCGGUGCUGGCACUGGUCUUCAUCAUCCUCAGACUUUAUUGCAGGCGUUGGCUCAAGAAGGCUACCACGGGUUAUCUGGACGAUUAUGUGCUGAUCUUCUCUUGGGUCCUCAUGGUCGUAACCUCCACCAUAGGUCUCAUGCUGGCCAAGCACGGCGUAGGCACAGCCAUAAUGGCAGGGGAAGAGGUCGCAGUCGAGCCCGAGGUGAUGCACGCUCUUCUUUUCUGGACUUCCAACCUGCUACUCUUCGGCAUCAACGCCAUUGCUUUCUCCAAAGUGUCUUGGUUCAUCACUCUCAUUCGCCUGGUCGUCAAUUGUCGGCAAAAGGUUGCACUCUGGAUGUUGAUGGUGUUCAGCACCACCCUCCUGCUUGUUGCUUCCACUUUUGGGUACUACCAAUGCCAUUUCCUGCCCGAUGGGAGCUGGAGCUAUCCAGAAAUGUCAGAUCACAGGUGCCUAGACAAUGGGGUUGCCAUCAAAAUCAGCCUAGUCACGUCCAUUUACUCCACCGUCCUGGAAUUUGCGUUGGCGGCUGUUCCCGCCUAUGUCGUUUGGAACUUGCCACUCAAACAGAGCACCAAGAUUGGCAUCAUCUGUGCCACGAGCGUGGCCUUUGUGUCGGCGAUGAUGGGAGCUUUGAGAACAAAGGCGUAUUAUGAUCACCUGUUUCCACUGGGAAAGCUACCCGAGAUGUAUUCCUUGGGAUGUGUGAUCAUGUUUGCGGUCCUAGAGGUGUGCACCACUAUCAUAGCCGCUAGCAUCCCCUUCUUCCGUCCGCUGGUAAAGAAGAUGGCUAAAGCCUAUGACGAGGACGAGCUUUCGUGGCCAUGA